CCACUCUGCGGCUGCUGGUCGCUGUCAUCAUGCAGGUGGAAUCUGCGCAAUGUAGCUCCGCGUAGGGACCUCCAAGCAGACAUAUACCCGGUCUGCAGCGCUCACACACCGUACACUGGACUCUAGGGCUCUGGCUGCAUUUACUAAUGUGGAGGAUCUAUUAACAACACUCGAAACAAAACUGAACACUUUUUGUUUCUGCUUACACUUGGUGAUCAUCGGUUUGUUUAAAGAUGCGGGCUUCAUCAGUUUUUACCAUACAUUAUAGCUAAAUCAAACAUUUCUUUAAGCAGUUUUCUGCUAGGAUAAUCACACUAUGUUGUGGUGAUGCUGUCAGGUUGUUUUUCUCUCAUUGCGCAGUGUAACUCAGCUGGAGACGCAUAGGAUGCCAUGCAAUCCUAUAGUAGGUGACUCCAAGCUUGACAGGCAAACAUUUCAAAGAAACGAAAAGGACGUCCUCUUGCGGAUAUUGUCUGUUUAAACAAACGAACACAAUGGACGAAGGCACUGCCAGCGAGACAGUCCCAGAUCUGAAAGACAUAGAGGUGAAAAUCGGCCGGAAGACCCCCGAGGGUUUGCUCAGGUGGAUGCGGGAGGAGGCGUCUUCUCACCGGGGAGAUGCCAAGCUGGCCACCGCGCACGACACCAGUAAGGAGACGGGCAGGAAGAGUUUGGAUGACAAGAUCAGGAAAUUGAAGCUGGAGAUGGCUCACUUGCGCUCAGUGGACGUGAAGAUCUUGCAGCAGUUGCUGGCGGUCCAUGAAGGCAUCGAGGCGGUGAAAUGGCUGAUGGAGGAGCGCAGCACGCUCACAAGCCGCUGCAGCAGCCUGACCAGCAGCCAGUACAGCUUGGGUGAGGGCCCCGACACCUCGUGGAGAGGCUCCUGGAGCAGCCUGCAGGACCCCAACGACAAGCUGGAUAACAUCUCCAUCGGCAGCUACCUGGACACCUUGGCGGAUGACAUGGACGAGUAUUGCCCCUCCAGCUCGGAGUCGGUCAUCUGCUCCACCACCCCAAUGGUCUCAGAGGCUACUGCUGCGGGCCGGACAGUGGGAGGCCCCGGGGCCACGGUCACUGCACCUGGUUCUGCUUCUGGGGCUGUGGGAGUCCGGACUUUGGUAAAUGAAAAUGGAACUGGGGUUGGAAAUGGGAAACCAGCUUUUCCAUUAACCUCUUCCCAAGCCAAGCCUGAAGGCCCCAAACAAGACGCUCCGGUUUGGACGAAGGCUUCUGAGAUCGAUAAAGAAAGCCGAGUUUCUAAGGCCAAUAACCAGACUCAAGUCAUCAAGGCUAAUGCUGUCUUGGAGCAACCAAACGUGCAGACAGGCAGCCCAACCCGCCCAAUGCGCCCAAGCCUCAACGAGAAACUGGGAACCAACCAGAGCCCCAAACUCAAACCUUACAAAAAUGGAACGAUCGACUUGGAUACUUGCAAAAUGAAUGGCAAAAUGCAUCUAGAGUAUGACUCGCACUGGCGAUGGGUGCAGUCGCAAGAAGAUGUGACGUUUUUGUAAGAGGGAUAAUGACAGAGGGGACUAAAGCUACUAUUGAACACCCCUCU